AUGGGACUCGACGUCGGUUGUCAUUCGUCAGCUGCGAUCGAUGAAGACAACUUCCUUGAACCGGUAGCUCAGGAUAACGAAAUGGCAUUUUAUCAAUACUGUUUCGCGGUUUUCUCUAUACUCGCGUGUGUUACGGCCAUUGUCGGUCCAGCAGCUAACAGUUCUAAGCUUGUAAUUGUAACAAAAGCCGACACUUACCUCGAUGCGUACUCCAAAUCUCGGAUAGACGCCGAAAAAGCGAAGGAGGGUGUUGUGAUCAUAACGGCCAAGGAUGGAGAGAAAAAAAUAUCUAACCGUGACGACAGCUACAAUUCCGGAUACGAUUAUUCGCCAUCGUAUUCGAGCAGCGACAGUUUUAGCUCAACGGGCCCUUCGAGUUAUUCUGGUUCUUCGAACAGCUAUCUACCCCCGAGCAGUUAUGGACCUCCUGUGAAAUUUGAAUCGGAUGUUACGUAUAACGCUCCACCCAAUACAUACGGACCACCUGCUUCGAAUUACGGACCACCGUCUUCAAAUUAUGGACCUCCUGCUCAAAGUUAUGGACCACCCUCACAUUCAUAUGGACCACCUUCGCCAGUUUAUGGGCCUCCAGUUCACAAACCUUUACCCCCUCCUCCCGUGUAUGGUCCACCUCUUAAACCAUCUUACGGAGUCCCUUAUACAGCUCCAGGAUUGAGUUUCUUUGAUAAGCUGUCUUUGAAACUUGAUAUUCUAACGAUUGCGAAAUUGAUGCUAAAAUUCUUAAUUUUUAAGAAAAUUGUAACAAUGAUCGCCGUAGUUUGCAUGUUGCUUGUUAUUCCUAAGUUAAUUUCUUUCAAGAAAGAUAAAGAAGGAGGAGAUGAAGAUGAACGGAAAUUUAAUGAUCGUAAUGUUGUGGAGCUAACUACGGCGCAACAAUUGCUAGAGAGAGCUAUGUACGUGUAUGGGCGACAGCAUGCUGAUUGUGGGUUCACGUGCCGCAUGCGUAGAGUCAUUGACGAUAUCUACGAUUUCGAACCGUAUUUCAGAGUCGGUGGAAAUACAGAAUCCUAAUAAAAUACUGAAGGAGAUAGGCGUAUUUCGUGCCAUUACAGUAUUUAGAUUAUAACGUGUAGUCACUAUUAUUUAUUGAAUUAUUUAUUUUAUUAGUGUAAAUAAAAUUAAAUUAUAAAUAUGUAUCAA